AUUUUAAUAUCACUCGCCAACAUCGCAGUCGAGACAGGAGGUUUCAGAAAGCAGCGCACAGCGUCAAUAACCCUUCAUGAUUUAGAACACAUACCGAAGUCUUAUCGACUUAUUCUAUCCGAACCCAAAGUUUGGCACCAAGGCAGAGCAAGAUGGCGGUCUAUACACCCGGCGAUGAGAACUUCACAAAGCUCAUGGCCAAAGCAAUAAAAGAUGGAUUCCAUUUUAAGAAAAAAGAUAUCAAGAUUGGUGUUGAUCUCGUGGAAGCAGCACUCAAACAGCUAGAUUUCUUAAAGCUUGUGAACAACUACCCACAAGUGACCGAGGAUCCGGUUGUCAUACAAAAUGCCAUGAUGAGGUACGAGAAGAAGUGGUUGCCAAUGGCGGCGCAGUACAAUCCUACAGCUCUCGUGCCUCCACUUGACGUGGAAUGGAUUUGGCACGUCCAUAUGCUCUGUCCCCAUGACUACGAGAAGGACUGCAUUGCUCUUGUUAACACUGUAGUAGACCAUAAACUCAUGAGCGCGCGACAGCGGAAAGAUGGCUUAGACAGAGCUAGAAGUAUCUGGAAGAGUAAAUACCCAGACGAGCCAUUUGACAUUGACUUUCAGUCAGUAUCAAAGAAAAACAUUAAUUUUGAAAGCCAGAUUUCAUAUAAUAUAUGCCAAGCCAUUGAGAGACAGCGAGUCUUCUAUUACCAGGUUAGUUUGCCACAUUAUAGGAAUAGGGUGUUUCUCAAAAACGCCUUGGUCAGAUAUAAGAUGAUGCUUUACUUGAAGAAACAAAAUCCCGGAAUAUUCCUGGUUCCUUGUUACGACAUGGAUCUAAUUUGGCACUCUCACCAGCUUCAUCCACAUAUAUACAAAGCAGACACGGAAUUCUUACUUGGAAAAAUGUUCAAACACGACGACUCAGUCACUGAUCGUGAACCUGGUUCCAAAUUAGUCAAGGCCGAUCUUAUGACGAGAGAACUGUGGAAAGCAGCUUUCCAGGAGGAGUUUGCAAUAAGUGGUACAAUGUACAGAGGCAAUCCACCAAAUGAACUAGCAACUCUUAGUCCGCAGGAUAGUUUAGUUGUACAGACAAAAAUAUGUAAAGUAUACGUACAACGUAUCUCCAUUGACCAGCCGAUGGGUCGCCAACGUUUCGUCCUUUCUGCUCAAAUCUCCAAUGGCUCUCGCACACUGAUCAAGUUAAAAGGUCCUCAGCAGGUGUGGGAAGCUAAACCUACGGAAGGACUUGCCAAGUUCAAGUUCAACACAGCCAAACACACAUCGUUACUAUUCAAGUUGAAAACACCGUCAGCCAUGCCUUGCUGCUCCCCUGGAAAGCCUCUUGGCAUCGCGACCAUUGAUAUACGGCGAGUAUUGGAUGAAGUACUGCUACGUGGAGUAGGCACAUCUACGUACACUAUAGCUAUAAUGAACGAAGGUCAUACGCCUGGUGACAAUACUAUGACCAUAACGUUAAGAAUUGAGCAAUCGUUUAUUCAAGGAGAAAGUCUCCUGCGGCUUCAGCCUGGAAGAUAUGAACCAAAGCAGCCGCAGCAGAUCCUUGACACUGUGACUCACCUUGCCCUUCCACUGAAAGCACCUUUAUCGAGUGGUAUAAUUGAGGCAAGACAUAGGGUGUUGAAUCACUACGAUCGCCAUGUAUUUACAGUACGGCUGUUGCAAUCACCUGCCAUGAUGUUCACAGUUAUUGAGGUCAUGGACAAUUCAGAGGUUCUAUUAUCAGUUGCUCACAUUGUUGGUUCAAGUACUUUGCCAAAUCGUGAUCAGGUGGACGAUGAGCUCCAAGGCUUCCAGUGCACAUUCAAUCCCAGAGAAGGGCAAAGAGCAAUGUUGAUAAAAGGGCCACGGGGCGACUUUGGUGUGUGCGUCGGGCAGUGGGUUGGCUUCCGUGCAGGGGUGCCAGGUGUUCCCGGAGACAAAGACGCCAAAAGACGCGGAGUACGGGGUACGCCUGGUAGUCCUGGUAACCUCAAGGUGAAAUUCUAUGGUUUAGCAGAAAACGAACCGUUGGCGAAGAAGGAAUGGAGUAUGCAGCAUACGGGCAAUACGUUCAAUAUCGGGAAGCACGUAUCGCUAGAUGUUAGAACCGGUCGAAUUACGCUUGGGGUCACAUCGGAUGCCCCACAGAAAAUCGCAAUAGCGUUUAGCGUAUCCGUAUUGCAUGUGCUGUGCCAACCUAAACCCAAGAAGCCCGUCGAUUAUAGGAACAAGCCACGCGCCGCGGAUCCGGAUUCUAUGGUAUUUCUGCUAGCUGCUGGAUACUACUGUUAUUUACCGUAUCAUACCCUCUAUUUAGAAGCCACAAGUGCCUGCGCUGUUGGUGUAUCAGACUGUGAUUUCGGCUGUGAUCAUCACGACGCCGGUGGGAUGGAUGCAAUAGGAGAUGCCGGUGGAUGUGGUGGAUGCGGCGGUUGCGGUGGAUGUGGCGGGUGUGGUGGGUGUGGUGGGUGUGGCGGCGGUUGCGGUGGCGGCUGCGGCGGUGGUUGUGGUGGUUGCGGGGGUUAG